CAUCGUUUUGCGCACAGCUUUCGCCUCAGCACCUGUACUGUGGCAAGAACCUCUUCAACGCGACGCGAGCACACAGCCGAGGAAGAGACGCAGAAGCAAGCAAAGCACAGCAUAGGGGAGGCGCCUAAGGAGCUAGCUCUUUCGGCCGAACGUUAUGGACGUCGGCGACGCGGCUGGCUCCACAAUCACCACCGACGAAGCUUCCGCAGCAGUUGCCCCAGCUUUCGAGUGCGCGUCCACCCCUUCACACCCCGGAGUGCUCCGGGCGAUCGACAUGCUCGCCAUCAAUUCCGCCGGCAGCGCUGGAGGCGGAUCGCCCUCCUCGCCUGGAUCCCCGAUGAUAGACUCGUCUGAAACUCCGGCACAAGUCAGCGGCGGCGGCGGCGCGAUGGGCGGAGGAGUUGGAGGAGCGGAGAGCGUCACCUCCGCCGCUGCGGGCAGCAACGAAUCCGCCUCCGAGGAGGGAGUCUACGACGGCGGCAGCGCCAGGGCGGCUUCGAGCAGCGAGAGCCGCGCGGGCAGCCGCCGCAGCCGCGACCGCAGCAGCAGCGACGACAGCAGCAGCGGCAGAUCAACGAGGCAGCGCCGUGCGGGAGGAGGAAGAGGAGGAGGAGGAGGAGCGAGCGGGCGGUCUUCGAGACGGAGCCGCUACCGGGACGAGGGGAGGCUGCACAGCGGCGGUAGCAGCGUGAGCAGCCAGUCCCCGAGGUGGGACAGGGCGGUAGGGGGAGGUGGAGGGGGAGGAGGAGCGUCACCGAGGCGGCGAGGAGGAGGUGGAGCGGAUGGGUCGCCGAGACAAACCCCGGAGCCUUCAAAGGUGCUCCACGUGCGAAAUGUCGGCCACCCGGUUGUACAGGGGGACCUCGUAGCGCUGCUGAGCUGCUUCGGCCAGGUGGAAAAGAUCAAAAUGUUUAGUGGGCAGGCGCUUGUCCAGCUGCCAAGCGUGAGCGUCGCGAAGGCCACGAUGCGGCAUUACGAGGAAGACGCCGAGCCGAAGAUUGGGCAGAAGCGGGUGUACCUCAACUACUCCCGCUCCCGCUCGAUCGAGACCCGUGAUGGCGAGAGCCUGGCCGUCGGCGCCACCGCCGGCGGCGGUAACUUCAACAGCAACAACGGCGGUGCCAGCAACGGCGGGGGCGGCGGCAACGUUAACGGCGGCAACAACGGGCUGGACCUUGCCCGGGCGAUCAACGCCGCCCGCGGGGUCGGCGGGAUGGACGGGGGCAGCGCUGGGAACCCGAUGCAGGAAACUCCGAGCCCGUACGCGCACCUCAUCAUGGAGGACCACGCCAAGCUCCUCGGUCUCGCGACCUGCUACCUUCAGACCUACGGCAUCCCCGGCGGAGAGGGAGCCAUCCUCAACAUCAACCAGCGGGAGGAGAUGGCCGAGCGGCAGCGGCAAGCCAUGGCGGCCGCUUUCGCGCUCACCGGCGCCAACGGCCACGCCCUCCACCACGCCGGCAUGGGCGCCUGGAAUGGCAACGCGGCGGCGGCAGCGGCGGCGGCGGUGGCUGAGGCGGGUCGCCACUCGCGUGGGGUCUCCGGGGGAGGGGGCGGGGUUGGCGCGGGCGGCGGGGGGGGCGUCUUCUCCACCGGCUACGGGGGAAGACCAAGGUCGGGCAGCCGCGGGCGAGCCGGGGAAGGCCUCGAUCGCUUACGUCGUUAGCGUGGGAGCGGCGAGCGUGAAACGUCUUGCUGUGUUUUUGCCAUGCGGCGACGGAGGUCGGUCGGUCGGUCUACGCCGACGCCUCGACGUUCUCAUCCUAAGUGGGAGAGCUUCUUACUUGGCUGUCCUGUGUGUGGUACAAACGUGACGCCCCUCCCUCCCUUAACACUUGUGACACGAUGAGCCUCCCGUGUAGCAUAUUACGGCUCCUCACCAGUGAACAUGUUGAGACGGUGUCGGUCGCGCGUUGAGGCGCGUCCGGCGUGAAGGAGUGUACCGUUGUGCUCUUCCGACAAUGAAGAAGGUCUUCGAACACCGAAAAAGACAAAUACAGCCCGGACAGGCAUGACUGAUGACCUGUUUCUCUCAAUGCGUGGCAUAUAGAUAGCACUCCGUGUCGGCUGCAUUCGCCAUAUGACUUGGGACUAGAUGGUUUCUCUAGAACUUUUGUGUUGAGAACGAAGACACGCGGCGCCCCGGUUUUUUAUGUAAGGCGAUUUUUUUUUGUUUCGUUUUUUGUUGGAACUGGCGUUCGCCGGCCUUCUUCGACGGGGAAGGGAAGACGGGCCGGAGGUAGGUACUCUUUUGCUUGGGAGGGGGUGUUCUUUAUAGUCCACACGAAAAUGCGAUUAUGCUGCUGUCUACUUUGUGUCGUGCCCGGGGCGUCACGACGGGGAAGGUGUACGUGGCCGACUGGAGGGAGAGAGAGCAGGGGCCCACGUCACAUUUUUUAACCGAUUACAAGUUUAACUGCGAAUGAAUGAACAUUUCUUUGUCGUUGAUCGAUGCCUUGCGUUUCGGUUCUUUGCGGGUGUUGCAUCUCCUUGAUUGUCGGGUUAAUGCCAGCGCGCGCGAUAUGAGUUGAUUUUGUUUUGUACCUUUUUGUUGGUUUGUCCUUUUUGAGCUUGGUCUGUUUUUGCUCUUGUUGCUGGUAGCAGGGUUGGCUUUGGCUGCUGGUCUUGGUUGCCGUGCACACGACCUCUCGCGCGUGAGUGUGUGUGCCAAUGAUGCCGAGUCUGCUGUUGAGGUGGUGGAAGAAGGGCGGACCCAAACGUGGCACCAGGUCAGUGUGGGUAGGGCCGGAGGAGGGUUAAGUCGAGGGUCUCCUUUCCAGCCCCCGCCGCUGCGUGGGCGCGUGCAUGUGUGCGUGUGUUUUCGCGUGCGUUAUUUUCUGCGUUUCUUUGUUCGUGCAUGUAAGACGUGAGAUCUUCCUUUGUUAUGUGUUUUUUCGCGAUUUCGGUUGGUGUUUUGGUUGGUUUUGACAGAAUAGACGGGGGGGUCAAUACGUUAUGUGAGCUGGUUUGUGUAUGUACGAUAUUUAGCCUGAACAAGAAAUGGAAAGAGGAAGGCACCCAGCACGUUUGUGUUUCUAUUUGGUGAAGAAAGAAGGAUUGAGAGGCGAGCGAUUUUUACAUGCGGAGGUUGCUCGCCGUAGGCGGUGCAAUCGCGUAAAUUAUACUUUUGUUUCGUAUGAAGCCCCGAGACGAUUAAAUAAAUGAUGUGGGGCUGGUGGCGUAUGGAAUAACAGACACCACGAGCUCUGAUGAAAUAUUAAGUCUCGACGGGAGGGGGGUCUUGUCUUCGAGGGGAUUCAAUUUUGCGCACAUGGAAGUAGGUUACGAUCGUCGAUUCUGAUUCGAGUGUUUUUGUGUGGUGCCUGAAAAUGCAUGCAUGCUUGUAUGCGUAUGGAUGGGUCCGUAGGGUCUGUAGCGACGCGUGAUAAUCGUCGUCGCUAACCAAGUGCAAGUCCAGGGGCGAUUCUACUAAAUUUUUCAGACUUGCUUUCAGAGCGUGCCUUUUUGAUGGAUGAAACGUUGAAACGAUACCUAGUUGUUGAUAGCGGGCAGUUGUUUGAUGGCGGGCAAGAGGGAGCGAGUGGGCGAGGAGCGUGAAAUUGGUAUCUGGACGACCUGUGGACUUGUACAGUAUGUAUCCCAACGCUGCCGCUGCCUGUCGUGAGUUCGACUCCAUAUUUCCCCCGCCCGCCUACCCCCCACACCAGGCUGCACAAGCUUGCUUUGGGGUUGCUCGUGAGUUCCUUUCUCACAUACACUGCUGGUAAAUUGGUCUUGGUUACUGCGUUUCGUAAGUUCGAUUGUUCGUUUGAACGCAUCUUGAUUGAUUGCUGUCGCAGUCCAUUCGCGGACGGUUCACUGUUGGCGGAAUGCUCUCUGUGCACCCAGCAGCUGAAUAGCAACACACCAUCAUCGCCGAAAAGAAGCAAAAGGAGGGAAAUUAUGU